AACUAGUUGAAGUGAAUGGGAACUUAAGAGCAACGAUAAAUGGCUUGUUCCAGUUUGUUAAAAUUACAAAGCCACAACUCCUAUAGUACUUCUAUGAUGUUACGUCUUUCACCCUUUCUCACCAUUCCCUCUUCCCCUUCUUCUCUCUCAUUCCCGUUCCGUUCCAACUGCCACGUUCCUUCUUCUUCUUCUUCUUCUCAAGUAGCCCUACAAGAUCACCAACACCAACAACAACAAGAACAACCCAAUCUUCGAAGCUCACAGCUGGUGGCAUUGGAAUAUGAAGACCUCAAUCUCUCCUACAACUUGGAUAUGGGUCAUGUCAGGAUCAGGCAACAUGUUAAUCCACUGAGCUCUUCUUUCUCUGUUCCUGCACAAGUACCUGACUGGAACCAGGUCUUUGCGGACCCAGCAUUGCCACUCAUGGUGGAUAUUGGAUGUGGCAGUGGCAGGUUUCUUAUGUGGCUUGCUAAAAGAACUCCUAAAGUGAGAAAUUAUUUGGGAUUGGAAAUACGGGAAAGGCUUCAAAUAUGGGGGAUAUCUUCUUGUAUGAUAAUGCAACACUUCCAUGUGCAGCUAGUCAAGCGUGCUGAGUUAUGGGUAAAAGAUCUGGCUCUCGAUAACAUACAUUUCUUGUUUGCAAAUGCCACAAUUUCUUUCAAGCAGUUGGUAGAAUCAUAUCCUGGGCCCUUGUUGUUAGUUUCUGUUUUGUGUCCAGACCCGCAUUUCAAGAAAAGGCAUCAUAAAAGAAGAGUUCUGCAGAAGCCUUUGGUUGGUGCUAUUGUAGAUAAUUUAAUGCCUGGGGGACAGGUGUUUGUACAGUCUGAUGUGCUUGAAAUGGCACUUGACAUGAGAAAUCAGUUUGAUGAAGUUGAUGCACUCAAACACAUAGAUGCUUUGAACCCUGCUAUGUUGUGUGACAGUGAAGGAUGGUUGUUAAGCAACCCCAUGGGGAUAAGGACUGAGAGAGAGAUUCAUGCAGAACUUGAAGGUGCAAAAAUCUAUAGAAGGUUGUAUCAGAAGCAGAUAUAAUUAGUCAAGCUUGAUGAUUGUUCUUCAACUAUGAAGCACGAGGGGAACCUUGUCCAUGUCAGACAUAUAUGGAGUGGAACACUCAUGUCAGACACAGUGCAUCCCACAUGACUCUUCAGAUCUUAAUAGGACACUUGCGAUUUUAUUGUGUUUGCUGUGUAACGACGAAACCAGAAAAUUUUGUGAGGUGCGAAACUGUAACGUAUAUUCUUCUUUGAAGUUACAACUAUCUGACCAAAAAAAUAGAAAUAAU